CAAGGAGAUAUGCCCAAUAACGAGUGCUGUUAUACCCAAUAAUGAGCGCUAGGUGGCGCCGAGUGCUUACACUAUGACUUAAAGUUGUUAGAGAUAAGUUAUUCCAGCGAGUCAAAACUAAACUGAACCCCGGUAAUUUUAUCUCUGUGUUUGUUUUUAAUAUUUCUUACAUCUCUAGGCACAGCUCUGCAUAUUUUAUUUUCCUGAAAGCGUAUUGAUACUUGCUUUGUCCUGGUAUUAAAAUGGCAUAAUUAAACGUGGCAAAGCUAAGCUACAAAGUACGGCUUGAGGUUGUGUAAAGUCCCGCUCGACAUGUGAGUUAUUAAAGUGGCAUUUGGGACAGGAGAGGUGGACACAGGCGGGCAGAGGGGAGGAGGGCGCUGACUGAUCCUUGGUUCAGAGUGGACAUGAAGUUUGCGGCGCGCGCUGGUACUUCAGUAUUGACUCUCCUCUCUGUCUGUGCCUUCUUCUCUUUCCUUUGAUUGAGAUGUUGCGAUGUCCCGGGCAGGUUUACAAGUCGUGGAUCUAUUCUGGGUGAUUUUUAUUGCAUUUGUUUUUGUACCGGAGGCGGUCAGUGCCAGUAGAUCGGCCGGGGCAGACAGCUGUCAUGAGGUGAAGACAGCUUACAUGAUGCGCCAAAUAGGUCCGGUGGAGCUGGUUCCAGACAGACCCCGAGCAGAUGAGUCCCUGCGUGUGUGUGUCCACUCGGGGCCAAGCUGCUGCUCCAGUAAAAUGGAGGACAACUACAUGACGGCGGUGCGCAGUGAGACGCAGCAGAAGAUGAGGUCCUACAGCUUUGAGCUCAAGUACCUGAUCACAGGACACGCAAAGGCCUACAGAGAGACUUUUGAGUCACUGGUCUCCUUCACGUCCAACCUGACAAGCACACUCUUCGACAGUGCCUACUCUGCCCUAUCCUCAGACUGUCGCCCCCUUGUCUCCCGGCUGUUCAAUGACAUUAAACUACACCUUUCUGGAGAUGCAGCCCUGUCACUGGACAAAACUGUCAAUCGAUUUUAUGAUGACCUGUUCCCCUUGGUUUAUCGGCGUCUUCUCAACCCUGGCUUUGGCCCUAAGUCUUUCCAGUCAAGUUCAUCUCUCCAUAGCAACCACGAUGAUUGUUUGAAAAUGACGCGUCAGGAUGUUAGUCCAUUUGGACCUUACCCCCGCCUCCUGGUCAGUGGCCUGUCCCGGGCACUUGGGGUUGGUCAUGCGUUAAGUCGAUUAUUGAAACUGGCCGGAGAGGUGGUCAAUGCAACGGAGAAGACAACGCUAAGCAGAGAGUGUGGGAGGAGUUUGGUAAAGAUGCAGUACUGUUCACACUGUAGGGGACUGACUCUGAUACGGCCCUGCACUGGACUUUGUGUCAACGUUAUGAGAGGAUGCUUGGUUGGUGUGUCAGAGCUUGGCGGGCCCUGGAGCAGUCUGGUGGUAUUAUUACAGCGACUGGCAUCUACACUGGCAACCAGCAGUAACCAGAACAGCAUGGAGCUUGCUCUGUUAGCCGUCCGUAACCAUGUGAACGAUGCCAUACUGCACGCACAGCUCCACGGGCCUCACAUCACUGCCACAGUAGAAAAGGUGUGUGGUCCGCAUGCAGCUGUCUCUGUAAUGACAAGAACAAGUCGCUCAGAUCUCCACUCCGCGACCUCCGUGACCCCAGUGAAAUCUGACCCCUCUGCAAAGUCAUCCUCACAUCUCUCUCCUUUGGACAGCUCGCAUUAUCGUCCACCAGCACAUAGCCGCAGAUCACUUCCCAUCAAGGGCUCCAAAGGGGACAAAAGUCGCAGUCUAAAGAAACUCUCCAGGGAGUUUGAGGGCUCCAUUCAGCGUUACCAGUGGUUCUUUUCAGAGCUCCCCGAGGUGCUCUGUGAAAGUGAGAUGGAGGUGGAACAGCACACUUGUUGGAGUGGCCAAGACGUUGUCGAGAGCUACGCAGGUCGAGUGGUUGGCAGCAGUGUGAAAGCCCAGAGGGAGAACCCGGAGAUGACUGUCCGCUAUUCCGACCCUGUCCUGAAGGGGGCCAAACACAGACUGGAGCAGAUAACACAGGAGCUGGUAGCAGAACUUGGCUGGACCAUGAAGCCCAGCACGAGAGAAGAAGAUACUGUAGAAGGAAGCUCACCCACCAGGAGAGCCGAGGGAGGCAGCGGAGAGGAGGAGUGCGAUGAUGAAGACGGCUGUGAAGGAUCUGGAGCACAGGAUGGUGGUGAGUCAUCCAGCGGCCUCAGUCCCAAGACAGAGCAUGUAGCACCUCCCCCUCGCAGUGUCCUCCCCCCACAUCAGCUCCCCCCUCCACAGGUGGCUGUCCGAGGGGGUGCCCAUCCACUCGCCGCCCGUCACUUACCUUUGACCUUGGUUACCAUGGCGUUUGUGCUGCUGUCACCAUGGGAAUCUCGCUGACCUUCAGGAGACACAGGGUUUUGUACACAGAGACAGAGGAUUGAACCACAGUUAUUCUGACAGCUCUGGGAGGAGAUGAAUGCUGCUGUGAUGUAAAGUGCACAUAUGUAUUUUUGUAUUGUUUUUACUAACCACAAUAUAUUUUUAUUUAACACAAUAAACGCAGUGAAAAAGUACUGACCUCUUGGAGAGACAUGUAAAUACGGGGUCUGUUUAUAAAGAGAUGUUAGCUGUAAAUAUAGAUUAAUAAAGAUAAUAGCCAACCUGCAUCUACCUAUAUCUACUUAUAGCACCUCAUGUCCAAUGGAUGACACUUAAAUAACAUGAAGAACUCUUGUAUUUGAAUAUAUAUUUAUUUUAAAGGUGCAUUGUCCAACUUUUCUGGUGGAGGGUCUGUCAUCUGUUUGUCUUCUUUGAGAUGUUAUUGCUUUAUUUAACAUGUUCCACGAUAGAAAUUAAACCCACCUAUCUCAAGGGAGACAGGUCAGAUCUGUGGAGAGGCAACCCUAUUUACAGAAGGAGUGAUUUAUUAUUCGGAUUUAUAAGCAAUUAUGAGCAAUAAGCACCCAUAAUGAGAAAAUAAUAUUUAAAUGUGUUGAAUGUCGUACCAUGGAACACUCCAGGAAAAGCAAUAACAUCUCCAUGGACACAAGCAUCUGACGGACCCUCCACCAGAAAAGCUGCACAAUGCACGUUUAAGUUCAAUAUUUCAGUAUAAAGUCAUUAAUUUUGAAAGCUAGAAAAGCCUUGUAUUUUUCUAUUAACUGAGU